AUGUCAUCAAAAUUCUGCAGUGACACCCUCCUCAAUAUUCUCCAAUUUUUGGAUGGUCCCAGCGUGGUUCAAUCUUGCAUGACUGUUUCCCACUUGUGGCAUCAAUGUGCAACAAGUAAUAUUUUGUGGCGUCAAUUGUUUGAUCAAGUAUUUCACAAUUCAACAUUUGAGUGGAAUAUUCUGGAAACACAACAAGAAAAUUCAUCGUCUUCCAAUGACACCGAAAGUAUUGAAAUGAAUGAUCACGACGAGGAAGUAAAUUCCGAUGAAAGUGAUGAUGAUGAAGAAAAAGGUAAAAAACGAAAAGGCACAGCAACAGCAACUAAGCAGAACAAAAAGAAAAAGCUUACAGAGACAAUCCAUUCAUCAUUGGAACAGCAUCAAGAGGGAUAUUGGUAUCAUCUUUUUAAAAGAUAUUUUUCCAUGUUGCCUGUUCUGGACGUUGACUAUAAUGAUCUGAUUGAACUUGUAAACAACAAUAGUAGCAAAUUCAAAAAAAAGAUUUCAGCAAUUACCGAUGUCAAGUUACUUCAUCAAAUUAUCUUUCAAUUGAAAGAGCAAGUCAAUGAGGAAUUGCCUUUAAUGGAUUCUUUUAGAUAUAUUAUUUCUGAGAAAAUGAAAAACUAUGAUCAUGUGGAUCUACUUCUCGAACUUUGUGUGAUUUUAUCCGUAUUGUAUGAAGGAGCUGGACAUUGUUAUUGGACGGAUCGAGUAGUGGUGAAAGCAAAAUCGCCCAACAAAACUAAACAAAAAUCAUUGCAAGACAUUGAAGAAAGCAUGGUGAUCUUACCUCUUGCUGCUUUUUGCAUGAUGAUAUUGAAUGAAAAGGCUCAAGAUCAAUUAAAUCUCACUGACGAUGACGAAGACUGGUGUGUUUCUCCACUCGUCUCAUACACUUCAGAGCUUGAAUUAUAUAAUGAUAAGGAUUUCUGCUACUUUUUAAUGAUGAAAGAUUGGAUAGAAAUGGAUGGAUCUGAUGAGCUCAUAUUAGAGGACACAUCACAUGACGAUGGAUGGGAAUGGUGUCCCAAUUUCUUUAAUGCAGGAGGCAGUGUCGAGAUCAAGAAAAUUUCGGCAUAUUUUGAAAAAGAGAAUAAGGUAACUGUGAAUGCAUUUCGUAAGCUCGAUUAUUAUUAA